AUGAUGCAGACCAGUGGGGUGAAGGUGCUGGAGACGGCGGAGGACAUCCAGGAGAGACGCCGGGAAGUACUCAAACGCUACUACCGCUUUAAGGAGCUGGUGGCUGAGAGGGGCCAGAGGCUUGAGGAUUCCUACCAUUUCCAGGUCUUCCGGCGGGAUGCCGACGAUCUGGAGAAGUGGCUCAUGGAGAAAAUCAAGACCGCAAGCGAUGAGAGCUACAAGGACCCCACCAAUAUACAGAGCAAGUACCAGAAACAUCAGUCCCUGGAGGCCGAGGUGACAGCCAAGUCCAGGGUCCUCCCGGACCUGGAGGAGAUCCAGAUGAGUCGUUUCACUGAAGGUCACUUUGCCCACGAGGAGACAAAGAAUCACGUGGAGGAAUUGAGGCGCCUGUGGGACUUUCUUCUGGAACUCAUUAAGGACAGAGGGACAAAGCUCUUGAAAGUUCUUGAGCUGCUGCAAUAUCUGCAGGAGUGCGCGGACAUCUUGGAGUGGAUCAGCGACAAGGAAGCUAUUGUCACAUCGGAGGAGCUGGGCCAGGACUGGGAGCGGGCUGAGGUGCUCCACAAGAAAUUUGAGGAAUUCCAGACUGACCUGGCCACCCGCGAGGGGCGGGUCCAGGAGGUGAACGACUUUGCCGACAAAUGCACACAGGAGAACCACCCCGAAUUGACUUUGAUCAAGACCAAGCAGGAUGAGGUCAACGCCGGGUGGCUGCGUCUCCAAGGGCUGGCACUACAGAGGCGGGGGACCCUCAGCGAUGCUGCCGACUUCCAGCGCUUCAAUAGGGAUGUGGCGGAAGCCAUCCAAUGGCUCAAGGAGAAAGAGCCUCUCGUGGCCUCAGAGGACUGGGGUAGUGACCUCGUCAGUGCCGAGGCUCUGUUCCACCGGCACAAAGGGCUGGAGAGGAACCUGGCUGUCAUGGAGGACAAGGUGAAAGAGCUGUACGCCAAGGCCGACAAACUGCAGCAAUCUCACCCCUCCGAAGCCCCUCAGAUCCAGGAGAAGAAGGAGGAUCUGAUGUCCAAUUGGAAGCGGGUUCGGGAACUGGCCACCUGGAGGCACGACUGCCUGCAGAAUUCUUACAGGUACCAUCGCUUCUUGGCUGACUUUGAUGAGCUUACCAGCUGGAUGACGGAGAAGGUGGCAUUGAUCAAAGCCGAUGAGCUGCCCACCGAUGUGGCAGGGGGUCAAGCCCUAUUGGACAGGCACCAACAGCACAAGCACGAGAUCGACUCUUACCAAGACCGAUUCCAGUCGGCGGAGGAGACGGGCCAGGCCCUUCUGGAUGCGAAUCAUGAGGCCUCUGAUGAAGUCCGGGAGAAGAUGGCCAUCCUGUCUGGGGACCUGUCCUCCUUGAUGGCUCUGUGGGAGAAGCAAUGGCAGAUAUACGAGCAGUGUCUCGAUCUGCACCUCUUCUACCGGGACAGCGAGCAGGUGGACAGCUGGAUGGGCCGGCAGGAGGCUUUCCUGGAGAAUGAAGACUUGGGAAACUCCCUUGGAAGUGUGGAAGCCCUUCUCCAGAAGCACAAUGACUUUGAGGAAGCUUUUGAUGCUCAGGAGGAGAAGAUCACAACCCUGGACCAGACGGCAACUAAACUCAUCGACAAGGACCACUACGACAAGGAUAACAUUGCGGACAUCCGGGACAGGCUGCUGGCUCGGCGGGACGCCCUGAGGAACCGAGCCCAGGCCCGCCGUAGGAACUUGGAGGCCUCGAGGCUCCUGCAGCAGCUGUUCCAAGACGCGGAUGACCUGAAGGGUUGGAUCACCAAGAAGACCAAGGUGGCUGCAGACGAGGACCAGAUGGAUCUGCAGAAUGUGAAGAGCCGGGUCCAGAAGCAGCAGGUGUUUGAGGAGGAACUGAGGACCAACCAGAGCCGCCUGAAUGCCCUGGAGGAAAUGGGGCACGAGAUGAUCGAGGCCGAACACUAUGCCGCCGACAAGGUCGCCUUCAGGGUGGGCGAGGUGUCCGGCCUGUGGAAGCAGCUGCUGGACACCAUGAAGCUGAAAGGGACCCAACUUCAGGAAGCCAACCAGCAGCAGCAGUUCAAUCACACGGUGGAAGAGCUGGAGCGCUGGCUGCAGGACGCGGAGGGUCAGGUGACAUCCCAGGACUACGGCAGGGGCCUGGCCGAUGUGCAGAACCUGUUGCGGAAACACGGCUUGCUGGAGGCCAAUGUCACUUCUCGUCAGGACCAAAUAGAUAUCAUCACGGACCUGGCCCGCCAUUUUGAGGGCCUGGGCCACCCAGACGCGGAGGACAUGAGCCAGAAGCAGGAGACCCUGUGCCUGCGCUAUCAGGCCCUGAAGGAGCCAAUGGCCACUCGCCGGCAGAAGCUCACGGACCUCCUACGUCUGCAGCAGAUCUCCCGGGACGUGGAGGAUGAAGAGGCCUGGAUCCAGGAGACAGAACCCUCGGCUGCCUCCACUUACCUAGGCAAGGAUUUGAUCGCCGCUCAGAACCUGCUGAACCGACACCAGGUGAUCCUGGGCAACAUCAACAGCCACGAGCCCCGUAUCCAAGCCAUCACUGACCGAGGAAACAAGAUGGUGGAUGAAGGGCACUUUGCUGCGGAUGAGGUGGCGUCUCGGGUGAGCCUGCUGAACGAGAACAUGGAGUCGCUGCAGUCUCGAGCCGCCCGCCGCCGCCAGGACCUGGAGGACAAUGUCCGGCUCUUGCAGUACCUGGCUGACCUCCUCGAGGCCGAAGCCUGGAUCCAUGACAAGGAACCACUGGUGGACAGCACCAACUACGGGGCUGAUGAGGAGUCCGCCGGGACUCUCCUGAAGAAACACGAAGCUUUCCUGGUGGAUCUCAAUGCAUUUGGGAGCAGUAUGCGGGCACUGAGGGACCAGGCCGAUGCUUGUAAUCAAGAACAAACCGCCCCCACGGCUGGGACUGUGAGGAAGGACCGGGUCAUGGCCCUCUACGACUUCCAGGCCAGGAGCCCCCGGGAGGUCACCAUGAAGAAGGGGGAUGUUCUAACUCUGCUCAGCUCCAUCAACAAGGACUGGUGGAAGGUGGAAGCUGAUGACCAACAAGGCUUCAUCCCCGCUGUGUACGUGAAGAAGCUGGAGAGGGAGGAAGUGGAAGAGCCCCAGAGCCGCCGGGAGGAUCCAGAGAACAUAAUCAAGUGGCAGAACCAGAUCGAGGACCUGUACGACUCGCUCCUGAAGCGGGCAGAGGAACGCCGGAGACGGCUGGUGCAGCGCUACAAAGAGUUCCUAUUGGCCUAUGAGGCGGGGGACAUGCUGGAUUGGAUUCGGGACAAGAAGGCGGAGAACACCGCGGUCGACCUGGACAAUGUCCAGGAACUCCAGAAGAAGUUUGACGAUUUCCAGACGGAUCUGAAAUCCAAUGAGCCGCGGCUACAGGACAUCAACAAGGUGGCAGAUGAUCUGAUAAUCGAAGACCUCUUGACACCAGAAGGAGCAGAAAUCCAGGAGGAGCUGAAUGCCCGCUGGAAGUCCCUGCAGAGGCUGGCAGACGAACAGCGGCUGCUGCUGGGAAGUGCCCAUGCUGUCCAGAUGUUUUUCAGGGACACGGACGACACCAAGGAGCGCAUCGAUAAGAACCGCAGGGCGCUGAGUGUCGCUGACCCUGGGUCCAACCUGUUCAACGUCCAGGCUCUGCAGCGAAGACACGAGGGCUUCGAGCGGGACCUCACCCCACUGGGGGAGAAGGUGACAGCCCUGGGGGAGACAGCUGAGCGUCUGACGGAGUCACACCCAGAUGCAGCAGACGAGCUGCGCGGGCGCCGUCUGGAGCUGUCAGAUGCCUGGGAUGACCUGCUGCAGCACACCGAACAGCGGAAGAAGGAUCUGGCCCAGGCCCAGAGGCUCUACCUGUUUCUCAACCAGGCCAGGGACCUGCUCUCUUGGAUCUCAGGACUCCGGGGCCUGGUGUCCUCGAAGGACCUGGCAGAGGAUCUGACGGGGGUGGAAGUUUUACUGGAGAGGCAUGCGGAUCACCGCGCCGAGAUGGAGCGGGAGGAGCCGGCGUUCAUUGCGCUGGAAGAUUAUGGAGCCGAGCUGGUGGGGCAGGACCACCCUAGCCGGGAGGAGAUCCAGGAGAAGCUGGAACAGGUGAAUCAGGAGCGGCAGGACCUGCAGGAGGCGUGGAACCAGAGGAAGCACAUGCUGGACCAGUGCCUGGACUUGCAGCUGUUUCAUGGGGACUGUGAGCAGGCCAGCAGCUGGAUGUCUGCUCGGGAGGGAGCCCUCGGGACAGACGAGGUGGGGGCCCUAGACCGCCUGGAGGUCCUGAUGAAGAAGCGGGAUGCCCUGGACAAAGCCAUCCAGUCCCAGGAAGAGAAGAUGGAGGCCCUGGAAAGUUUUGCUGGACGACUGAUUGAAGAUGACCACUAUGCCAAAGAAGAUAUUUCUGCCUGGCUACAGAAACUUCUGGAGAGGUGGAGGGCUCUGAAAGCCCAGAUGUUGGAGGAGAGGGCCAAGCUGGGGGAUUUUGCGGAUCUGAAGCAGUUCUACCGUGACAUAGAGGAGAUCGAAGACUGGAUCAAUGAGAAACUUCCCAUUGCGCGUGAUGAGUCCUACAAAGAUCCUACCAACAUACAGAGGAAAUACCUGAAACAUCAGGCGUUUGAGAACGAGAUUCAAGGUCAUGCCGAGCAGGUGGAGGGGAUCAUUGCCUUGGGAAAGUCCCUAGUGGAGCGUGGAGCCUGUGAGGGCCAGGAGAGCACUGUGGAGGAGCGCCUGGAAUCCUUGACCGAGCAGUGGCACGACCUUCUGGAUAAGACGAAAGACAAAGGGCAGAAGCUGAACGAAGCCAGUCGCCAACAGAGGUUUAACACUGGCAUCCGUGACUUCGAGUACUGGCUCUCAGAGGCAGAGACACUGUUGGCGAUGAAAGACUACGCCAGAGAUCUGGCUUCAGCUGGAAAUCUUCUGAAGAAACACCAGCUCCUGCAGACGGAGAUGUCCGCACGAGAAGACAACUUGGAAGAGCUGAACCAACUGGCUAAGAACCUAGUGGACAGUGGGGCUUUUAACGCCGACCAGAUCGUGGCGAAGAGGGAGAGCGUCAACGAGAGGUUUGCAGAGGUACAGAAGCAGGCCAUCGCUCACCACCAGAAACUUCAGGAAGCCUAUGACUUGUUUCAAUUCUUCCAUGAUCUCGAUGAUGAGGAAACGUGGAUCGAGGAGAAGCUUCUGAGGGUGAGCUCCCAGGACUACGGGAGGAGUCUGCCUGCUGUGCAGAAUCUGCAGAAGAAGCACAGACGUCUUGAAGGAGAGCUGGUGGCCCAUGAAACAGCCAUCCAGGGUGUGCUGAACACGGCCAGCCAACUGGCAGACAAUGAUGCCGUGGGGCGGGACCAGAUCCAGCAGAGACUGGCCCAGUUGGAGCAGCAUUGGAAGGAGCUAAAUGCAUCCGCCAAAGACCGGGGCCUCCGGCUGGAUGAGUCUCUGCAAUUCCUGCAGUUCAUGGAGGAGGCGGAGGAGGAGGAGGCCUGGAUCAAUGAGAAGACAGCUUUGAUCUCCGGGGGAGAUUUCGGAGACUCUCUGAUUGCCACCCAGGGUUUGUUGAAGAAGCAUGAAGCCUUUGAGACAGAUUUUGCUGCUCACGAGGCCCGGGUGCAAGAUGUGUGCACUCAGGGGAACGAGAUUCUGAGCAAGAAGCAGCAGGAAAGCCAGCAGGGAGAGCUAGUGGCCGCCAAAAUGGACACCCUGAACAAGAAGCUCUCGGCUCUGUCUGAGGCCGCGGCCAUCCGGCGGACCCAGCUAGAGGAGGACUUGGCACUGCAGCAGUUCAAUUGGAAGGCCGACAUGGCGGAGGCAUGGAUAGUGGAGAAGGAGGCAAGUCUGAAGGCCAACGGGAAUGGAGAGCGGGACCUGGCCUAUUACUACACACUGCUGGACAAGCAGGAGACGUUUGACUCCGGGCUCCAGAGUUUCCAGGUGGAGAGACUGUCAGAGAUCAGAGACUUGAAGGACCAGCUGGCGGAGGCUGGGCACCCGCGGCUCAGUGAACUCGAAGGGCGCCAUGCCGCCCUGAUGGCCCGAUGGGAGGUGUUGCUGGCCGCCUCGGCCGCCCGGAAGCAAACCCUGCUGGAGGAGCAGCUGCCCCUCAGGAAGGCGGAAGAGCUGUUCCUGGAGUAUGCCCAGCGGGCGUCGGCCUUCAACCACUGGUGUGAGCACAUGGAGGAGGAUCUGACAGAGCCGGUGCACUGCACAUCCCUGGAAGAGUUCCGCCAACUGCAGGCCGAGCACGAGGCCCUGCUGGCCACCCUGGGGCCGGCCCAGGCCGACUUUGAACGUCUGGUGGAGCUGGAUGAGGAGAUCAAAGCCCUGAACCUGACGGCCAGCCCCUACACCUGGUUCACCAUCGAACUGCUCGAGUCCAUCUGGAAACAUCUGCCAGUCAUUAUCAAGGAGCACGAGGAAGAGCUACAGCGAGAGGAGAAGAGGCAGCUUAAAAACAAUGAGAUGUGCCAGGAGUUCGAGCAACUGGCCAGCGCUUUCUUCCAAUGGAUUCAGGAGACCAGGGCCUACUUUCUGGAUGGCUCCCUGCUCAAGGAAACAGGAACUUUGGAGUCACAGCUGGAAGCUAAUAAAAGGAAGCAGAAGGAGAUCCAGGUGAUGAAGCGACAGCUGACAAAGAUCGAGGACCUAGGGGAGUCCAUGGAGGAGGCCCUGAUCUUGGACAUCAAAUACAGCACCAUUGGGCUGGCUCAGCAGUGGGACCAGUUACAUGAACUGGGAAUGAGGAUGCAGCACAAUUUGGAACAGCAAAUCCAAGCCAGGAACACCAUCGGAGUGAGCGAGGAGACACUGAUGGAGUUCAGCACGGCGUACAAACACUUCGAUGAGAAUUUAACGGGUCACCUGAGCCACAAAGAUUUUAAGUCCUGCCUACGGGGGCUCAACUACUACCUACCCAUGGUGGAAGAUGAUGAACCCCAGCCCAAGUUUGAGAAGUUCCUGGACGCUGUUGAUCCUGACAGGAAGGGGUACGUGUCCCUCGAAGACUACACCUCCUUCCUGAUAGACAAGGAGUCUGAAAAUAUCAAGACCAGCGAUGAGAUCGAGGCGGGCUUCCACGCUCUGUCAGAAGGGAAGCCGUACAUUACCAAAGAGGAGCUGAAACAGAGCCUGACGCCUGAGCAGGCGGAAUUCUGCAUCUCCCACAUGCAGCCGUAUGUGGACACGCGGGGCCGUGGACACGUGGCCGGCUAUGACUAUGUCGGCUUCACCCAGGAGUUCUUCGGGAAGUGACGGAGCCCUUGGCCUGGAGACGGCCCUCAGUGGGACGGCGGAAUGUGGGGGGGAGU